GAGGAAUCUCGGUUCAUCCCAUACAACAUCGAUUUGGGUUAACUGCAUCACCUACCAACUGUACCACUCAACAUGUCUUUCAACAUCUCGCAGGCUCGUUCUCGCUUCCCCGCCUUGAAUCAGGAGCAAAUUUUCCUGGACAAUGCAGGAGGCAGCCAGGUGUUGGACACAGUGAUCGAAUCGGUGACAUCAUAUCUUUCGAAGACCAACGUUCAAUUGGGCGCAACCUACAAUACUUCCAAGGUCUCAACUGCCGCUUACGAUCACGGCUACGAAGCAGCAGCAAAAUUCAUAAAUGCGAAGCCUGAAGAGAUCUGCCUGGGUGUCUCAACAACGCAGCUCCUGCACAACCUCUCCACAGCUCUAGACUUCCAACCAGGAGACGAGCUGAUCGUGUCCAAGCUGAACCAUGAGGCCAAUUCUGCCCCGUGGGAUAGGAUCGCGCGUCGUUUGGGGCUUACGGUCAAGUGGUGGGGGGCUUCAGAUCCUCUAAACCCUGUUUGCGAUCCUUCUGAACUGAAGCAGUUGAUGUCGGAGAAGACCAGACUUGUCGCCUGUCCGCAUGCUUCCAAUAUCACAGGAUCCAUCACAAACGUAAAGGAGAUUGCCAAGGUUGUGCAUCAGGCUCCUAGGGCUCUUCUUUGCGUUGACGGCGUCGCGCUUGCUCCACACCGCCAGGUCGACGUCAAGGAUCUCGAUGUCGACUUCUACGCAUUCUCGUGGUACAAAGUCUAUGGUCCUCACAUCGCCCAGCUGUAUGCCUCGUCGCGAAUCCAUGACCAGAUAACUCCUCUGUGCCACUACUUCAAAUCCACAGAAACUCUCGAUCUCAUGCUGAACCUGGCUUCCGCCAACUAUGAGCUGACACAAAGCAUCCCACGUGUCCUGGAAUACUUCGGCUCUGAUUUCUCCGCCACAUGGGAUGAAAUCGCCACCUACGAAGAGAAGCUGCAGGAGAUUCUCUUGGACUUUCUGAGAAGCAAUGACCGUGUAACCAUCCAUGGCGAGCCUUCCGCCAACAAAGAUCUGCGAGUUCCAGUGAUUAGCUUCACCGUGAUGGGCAUUAAGAGCCAAGCGCUAGUUGAGGAGGUGGAGAAAAGAAGCCCUUUCGGGUUUCGCAGCGGACAUAUGUACAGCCAUCGGUUGCUCAAGGACAUCAUCGGCUUAGACGACGUUGAGGAUGGAGUUGUGCGGAUCAGCAUGCUUCAUUACAACACUGAGCAAGAAAUCACGUCACUUGUUGAGCUGCUGCGGGAGGUCAUUGCAGCAAUCUAGAGUCAUCUUGCUAGGUGGUCAUGCUCUAGCGCUGACAGCCUGUUAAGACGCACUACCAUCCUCUCACAUCAUCUUCGUAAAUAGAUCUAGCAAGUGGCGAUAGGCAGCAGGCAUAUAGGACCAUGAAAUUGCAGCCUUGCCUAAUUUAGACCCCGAUAAUGAGGCGUUCAUU